ACCUAGUAAUGUAUAUAUAAAUUGCUCUGUUUCAUUGCAAUAUAAAGUAUUUUACUUACUUCUACAGCUGAGUCUUGAGCAAGUGAAACAAUUCGCAAAGAUGUUCAAACUGCUGGUACUUUUCGUGGUUCUCGCCCUUGCCUGUUUGGCUCUGGCCCUUCCUAAGGCGUACCCUGGACCUAAUCCAGCCCCAAGUCCAGUAGCAGGACCUUCUCCACAGUGGUUGUAUGGUUACCCUUACAGUGGUUACUACUACUAUGGUUAAACUAUGCUUAAUCUUCAUUCACUUUGAAUUCACAAAAAUUUAAUUUUGUAUAACUUGCCUAAAUUUGUUUUUCUAACAGAUCUGUUUAUAAAACCCUUUUUUAACUAAUAAAGUUUAGUUUAUAGUAAAAAAA